ACAUUCCCAGCUUCGAAACUAAGCUAAGCAAUCUGCAAAGAUUGCUUCUCCCUUUAUUCGAAAAGGAAAAUCACAAGAACCCCUUUUUUUGACAUUUCUUCUAAAGAGGAGGCGAGACUGAGGGGUAUUUCUUUUUCCAGUUUUCCUCUGAGAUAACCAUUUUCCUCGAGUCAAUAUGCAUUCCAGAUAAUACUUAAUAUCUUGAUAACCCGGAAAAAAAUAUUGAUGGACUUGAACAAAUGGAAACAGCAGAGCUGCUCUAACCAGAAGAACUGCAACUAGAAGCAAGGAAAAAAAUUAGUACCAGUAUAUAAUUAACAAUUUAGGAAAUAUGUCAGAUGAUAAACAGAAGAAUGGGGCUAAAACCCCGCCACCAGAGCGACACAUUUCAGAUCUCGACUUGAUGAAGGAGCGAUUUUCCAAGCUACUCUUAGGGGAGGACAUGUCAGGUGGUGGUAAAGGAGUCUCCUCAGCUUUGGCUUUGUCUAACGCGAUUACUAAUCUUGCUGCUUCUGUAUUUGGAGAACAGAGGAAAUUGGAACCUAUGGAUCCGGAUAGGAAAGUGAGGUGGAAAAAAGAAGUAGAUUGGCUCUUAUCUGUAACAGAUUACAUUGUUGAAUUUGUCCCUUCUCAGCAGAAAGCAAAAGAUGGAACUACUAUGGAGAUAAUGAUUACACAACAGAGAAGAGAUUUGCUUAUGAACAUUCCGGCUCUGCGCAAGCUGGACACAAUGCUUAUUGAUUGCCUAGACAACUUUAAGGGUCCCAAUGAAUUCAGGUAUGUUUCGAAAGAUGCUGACGAAUCUGAGAAAGGAGUGCAAAGAGACGACAAAUGGUGGCUGCCUACCAUCAAGGUACCAUCUGAAGGUCUAUCAGAAACAUCGCGAAAAUUCCUACAGUAUCAGAAAGAUUGUGUCAACCAAGUGCUUAAAGCAUCGAUGGCAAUCAAUGCACAAGUUCUAUCUGAAAUGGACAUUCCUGAUAAUUACACUGAAACACUCCCAAAGAAUGGAAGAUCGAGCCUUGGCGAUCAAAUGUAUAAAAGCAUAACGGUAGAGUACUUUGAUCCUGACCAAUUCCUAAUAUCAGCAGACUUGUCAUCGGAACACAAAGUUCUUGAUCUAAAGAAUAAAAUAGAAGCUUCUAUAGUGAUUUGGAAAAGGAAAAUGGUGGCAAAGGAUGGAAAAACGAACUGGGGUUCAGCUGUUAGCCUGGAAAAGAGGGAGCUCUUUGAAGAGAGAGCAGAAACCAUAUUGCUACUCUUGAAACAGAGGUUCCCAGGCCUUCCUCAAUCCUCACUAGAGAUCACUAAGAUCCAAUGCAAUAGGGACGUGGGCCAUGCAAUUCUCGAAAGCUAUUCCAGGGUUUUAGAAAGUCUGGCAAACACAGUUAUGUCCCGAAUAGAAGAUGUCCUAUACGCUGAUUCUUUGACUCAAAAUCCAUCACUCGCAAUCAACAAAAUGAAAACAACAAUCGAUUCAUCACCACGCCCAAGAAUGUCAAGUGCUGAGGAUGAGUCCGAGAAGCCAACUCCUGUCGGAACUCCCGGUUCGAUGACACUUUCGGAUUUCAUGGGUUGGAAUUUCGAGGCGGCAGACUCAGACAUGAAAAAGAAUAACUCGACUGGUAAUUUAGAAAAGGAAUAUGAAGCAAAGGUUUCGAGCAAGCCUGCUAACGUUGCCACCAAGAAAAAGUUCUCGUACCUUGAUAAACUCGAAUGGAGUGGCUUGAGGAGUCCUACAGCUCGUCAUUAGUAGUUUAGAAAAGGGAAAGAAAAAAACAAAAAAAAAAGAGAGCCAAAAGUGACAUGAUGCAAAGAGUACUUGCUACCCAUCAAGUGUAAAAAUAGCGUACUGUAUAUGAUGAUAUAUUUGACCAUUUUAUGGAAUCUAUUGGGUUGAAUUUCUUUC